AUGGCUUUCAACAACCAAAGCAAUUCUUUUGAAAAACGCGAGGCUGGCUACAUUCUUUGGCAAGUGUUGGCUGUUAUGGUCCAACAAAACGGGGUGUACCUCAACACCGAUAUUGCCGAAAUUCUAACCUCGGACCUACCCGAAGAUUCUUAUACAAGACUGGAACGUAGUUCUUCCACCUCUCAAAGGGUAUCCUUUGCAGCUGAUGGGCAAGAUCAUUCCAAACACGAUCAAGUCGCGACUUAUCGAGAGCUUCUCUUGGCUGGCAAAACACAGGAAGCUCUGGAACACGCAGUAAACUCCAAGAUCUGGGGCCACGCCUUGAUGUUAGCAUACCACACUGACCAGAAUGUAUUUUCGAAUAUCAUGGAAAGAUUCAACAGUCAACUUAAUGAGGACGAUUCCUUGUUAUGUUUGUAUCAGCAUCUCGGGUCUAAGCGACCUUCAAUUUUAGAUAAAAAGACAAGGCGAUGGAGAAAACAUUUGGCAAUCAUGAUUUCAAAUCCAUCCAAGUCAACCGCUAAAGAUAGCGAAAAUAUUCAUGCACUUGGCGCGAGCUUAGAGUCUCGUGGCCUGAUUGAAGCAGCUCAUCUUUGCUACAUAUUAGCAGGAGAAGAAAUUAGUAAACAGAGUGGCACACUGUUACUAGGUUAUUCUUCGAAUGAAAUCCGACCAGAAUUCGUGGAUUUCCUGGCUCUUCAACGCACAGAGAUAUAUGAAUACGCUAUGAGCCUCAAAGAUGAAAAUUUUAUAAUAAAAGAUUUCCAGCCAUGGAAAGAAUUGUACGUCCAUUCAUUGGCCGAUGCCGGAUUCCAUAAUAAAGCAUUUCGUUAUUGCGAGAAAUUGGUAGAUGAUGUCUUGAAGCAUUCAACAUCCUUUACUAAAGAUAUGAUAACGCGACUUCAUGCGUUAUCCAUGAGACUUUACAGACGAGAAUUUAUUGCGCCGUUAUUAGAUAUGAACGGACGCCUGCAACAAUUGUUAGAUCUACUCAAGCAGCUGGCAAACAUUGGGGCAACAACUACCUCAGCAAUCGCAACUUCCACAGGAAAUGCCGUAUGA